AUGGCUCCCAGCAAGAAGCCAGAUCGGCCGACGUCAUUCACCAACGCCAAACUCUACGAUCCGUGUCCACAUCCGUUCCCGGACUGUCUUUCGGACAAGUUGCCGACGGAGAGUACGUGCCCGUCGUGCAUCGUCACGCGCUGCACUGCGGCUAUCAAGGAAGCCCAAGAAGAUUAUGCCGUGCGAGGGGGCGUCUUCAUGAUGCGGAUUACCGCUGAAUUGGAAAAGAAGCCUCCAUGGCACGCUUAUAUUGCGCAGAAAUGGCGCGUUGCAAAGGUAGGCCUGAUAAAUGCUGUCACGCUGUUUGAGGACCUGGUCAAGGAGGGGAAGAUACAGGGCGAGGAUGAAAACAGGAUCAAGGAGGCGUUGGAGAUCUGGGAGAGGCAGAAAGAGAGGGGUUGGAAGGUGCCGGGGCACGUCUAUUACGGCGAUGAGCACGAGAUGACUGAGGAGGAGAAGGAGACGUGCAGGCUGAUGAUUGAGCUAUUGCGGCGGAACGUGGAGAAGCUCAUCCGCGAGAUGGAUAAUGAGAAGGGCCAGACAGAAGGGCCAGAAUCUGAGGGAACUCUGCGAGUAGGUCUCUCUCUUCCAACACCCCCACCGGAGCUUCCUUCAAAAUCACUGCCUGAGGAACUGACCGAGCCUAAUACUCCACAGCCACUAGGACCCUCUCCUCCAGGUUCGAUUACAUCCACACCGCCAACUUCAAUCCUGAAGCGAAAAUCCACCUUCCCAAGCCCUUCAACUUCAACCUCAUCCGCACUACGCCGCAAACGCGUCCGAUUCCGCGACUUCGCUUCUUCAGACCCUUCACCUUCACCGUCACUUUCGCCACGCCGCAAGCGCGUCCGAUUCCGCGAGUUCGUCACCGUAUCCUCUUUCCAGCAUUCCAUCACACACCCUUCGCCCUUCGAUCUACUCUCCAAGCCCAUCUCUUCUAAACCCACCGUCCAACCACACGGGCCCAACACCUCCGCCGAGGGAAAAGUCCGCCGCAAGCGCGCUUUCCACAGAACUUCAAGUGGAUAUCUGCCCGGAGCUUGGGCGUCACCAGCUUUCUACAAGAAAGCAAAUACGAGCUUCUACAAGCUGUCGGGGAGGGCGGCUGAAGAGGCGGCAGAGCGCGAGGAGCGCGAGAUGAGGGAGGAAGCUGAGGUGGCGGAGAAGCUGAAGGUUGUUUGGGGGGCGUGGGUUGCGCGGUGGUGGGUACGCAACGUGGUUUUGAGCGUGGGUUUCCAGGAUUUACAGCAGGAGAGGGGUGGGGAUGGCUCGGAAGUGGGGUCUUCCAAUCAUUGACGGUCGACUGGGACAGUGAGCGAUAGCAGCAUUUGCACGUCGUAAACCCGACGGAUUU